GAUAACACAGUUACCAUUCUGGUGUGUGUGAGUGUGGUCAAGUUUUAGUGCAGUGAAAAGUGAUGGCUGGUCUAGGAAGAGGCGACGGCCAAGGGCCGGGCGUGGGUAAACUGGAAUCCCAAAUAUAUUGCAUCAAGUACACUCUGUUCUGCUUCAACGUUGUAUUGUGGCUCUUCGGGCUCUCCAUAUUCGCUCUAUGUCUAUGGAUAUGCAUAGAGCCAGGGUUCAACGAGUGGAUGAGGAUACUGGAGCUGCAGAAAUACUUCAUCGGCAUUUACAUAAUUCUGAUAGCGUCCCUCGGAAUCAUGGUGGUCGCUUUCCUCGGUUGCGGAUCGGCUCUAAUGGAAAAUGUUAAGCUUUUAUACGCGUUCAUAGCAUCCCAAAUAGCUCUAUUCGUCUUUGGUCUGGUGGGAGCCUGCGUGGUGCUGGACUUCUCUACUUACGAUUCAAGUAUCCAGCCUCUUAUCAAGGAAGUGAUUGUGAGACUCAUCAAUAACCCACAGCAUGAAGGCAGUCGGGAAAUCUUAAGGAUGGUACAGGAAGGUAUCGGCUGUUGCGGCGCAGACGGCCCCAUGGACUUCAUAAACCUGAACAAGCCUCUGCCCUCAGAGUGCCGCGACUCAGUGACUGGUAAUGCGUACUUCCAUGGCUGCGUGGAUGAACUCACGUGGUUCCUCGAGGGCAAGACUAGCUGGCUGGCUGGUAUCGUCCUCGCGUCGUGCAUGAUUAAUGUUAUAAACUCCGUAAUGUCUCUCGUCCUUAUCCAAGCAGUGAAGAAGGAAGAAGAGGAAUCUAUAUCAUAUAAGAAUUAAUUCGAUACAUUAGCAUAAGAACUAUUUUUAGUGUUUUAUGAAAUUUUCAUAUUAUUUUAUUGACAAACAUUUAAUAACCACCGUUUUUUAAUUAAGUUCCAUUUAUAUGUAACAUUUGAAA